UAACAUUGGAUCUGUCCACUCUCUUAGAACCAGAGCGGUUCAGCUAAUCUGAUCAAUAAUACAUGAUAUUGAUAGCCCACUCAAGUGAAGGGUCGUCUCCCUUUAAAAAGUGACGCAGCUCAACUAGUGGCCCACUUUGUUGUAGCAUAGUGGAGCGGAGCAGUCUGGUCUCCGCAGCAGAGGACAGGACAGAGGACAGAGGACAGAGGACAGCAGCAGCGGGAGGCGUGGGCUCGAUUCUCGUGGCCCGGAGAGGUCGGUGCAAAGCUGGGUCCUUACUCCCGUCAUCAUGGAGUUCUUUCUGGGCAACCCUUUCAGCACUCCGGUGGGCCAGCUCAUCGAGAAGGCCACCAGCUCCAGCUUGCCCUCAGAAGACUGGGCCCUGAACAUGGAGAUCUGUGACAUAGUGAAUGCUGCAGAGGAAGGGCCAAGAGAUGCUGUCCGAGCCAUAAAGAAGAGAAUUGUCGGGAAUAAAAACUUUAAGGAGGUUAUGAUGACCCUUACUGUUUUAGAAACAUGUGUCAAAAACUGUGGCUACAGGUUUCACGUCCUGGUCACCACAAGGGAUUUUAUAGAGGGUGUUCUGGUCCGGUCAAUAAUCCCUAGAAAUAACCCCCCUGCGGUGCUUCAUGACAGAGUUCUCAGCAUUAUUCAGGCGUGGGCCGAUGCAUUCCGCAGCUCGCCUGACUUAACAGGUGUGGUCUCUGUGUAUGAAGACCUGCGCAGAAAAGGACUUGAGUUUCCCACGGUGGAGCUGGAAGGAUACAGCUCGCACCAAAACCACAAAGAGACCUCUCCGGGGAAUGGGCCUACUGUCACUACUCUGCAUGCUGGUCUUAUAUCCACCAAACUCCCACUGCAGCAGCCACAGAGCGUUCAGCUCAAACACGCCAAAGACGAAAAUAACGCCUACACGCCCAGCCAGGUGCAGCAGCUGAAGUCUGAGCUGGCAGUGGUGAGGAGUAACCUGAUCACCAUGUCUGAGAUGAUGAGUCAGUUAGACCCAGUCACAGUGAAACAGGCCGACAUGGAGUUGCUCGAGCAGCUGUACAGUGUUUGUAAGGAGAUGCAGGAGAGGAUCGCGAAAGUGGUGCCCCGUUUGAGUGAGGAGAAGCUUAUUGAAGAGCUGCUAGCGACCAACGAUGAGAUGAACACUGCCUUUAGCCGAUACUACAGGUUUGAAAAGAGAAUAACAAAUGGCCAACAUGAAACACAAAAGGAGCACACAUAUGUCAACCUUGCUGACCUCAACCUCACGCCUGAGUCAGGUAUCCAAUCAGGAGCAGCGUCUGCAGAGAGUGAUAGCUCCUUCAGCCAGUCACAGUCCGGCAGUCUGUGUGGGCAGAUGGCUAGACUCAGCACAAGUGAAGCAGAAGAUCUAAAUGCACUUUUGCACAGAACAAGCGAGCAGAGUGAAGUUGCAGUCGAUGCCUUGACUCUUGCCAGUCGACUACAUCCAAGUGGAGCUAUUCCCUUAAGCCAAGCAAAUGUUAUGGAUGAUAUUGAGAAAUGGCUUUCACUGGAGGAUGAUUAUGAUGACUAUGAAGAAUCAGAUGGUGUUACCAGUGAAGAGUUUGACAAGUUUUUAGCUGAAAGAGCCAAAGUGGCAGAUCGCCUCCCGUCCAUCCGAUCUUCCUCACAGAACCAGAGCACGUCCGAGUCCUGAGUUGUACUUCUCUCUAAAUAUUAACAUAACUUAUGAAGCUCCUGCACUAUCUGCUGGUUUUAAGGCACAUUCGACAUGGAAAGAGCCACUCGUGAAAGACUUAAGGGGAAAACUACUAAAAGGAAAUGGUUUUGUAUCUGAUCAAAUGUGACUCAAGUGUGGAAGCUAUGUGUAAUGCAAACUUUGCACAUUUUAUAUUGUACAUUCCUGCUGGUGAUAAACAUAGGAUAUUGUUACAAGUUUUAAAGAUUAUGUCUUAUGUUGUGAAAUAUAUAUUGUCAAGAUAUGAACUGAAGAAGAGGACCUUGUCUAAGAAGCAUUACUGUCAACAUAGAGAAGGUGCUUGAGCAAAAGAUAUUUUGAUACUGGCUUGUGCAUUGUGAUGGUUUUAAUGGGAUUUUGAAUAUUUUUUCCUGUAAAAAUUGAGUAUGAUAGAAACAAGUGUAAUAAACUUAAAGUGAUUAACUGG